AUGAAGAGUGAAACAUUACAAGUGCUUUUCACUUUAUUGGCUUCUGUAAUAUCUACUGGUGUAGGCAGUCUUCUUUCAUUUGAUCCCGAUGUGUCGAAGAACGUAUCGGAACUAAUCUGGAGCAAGGGAUACCCUGUCGAAGAGUACAACGUGAUCACCACCGACGGCUAUAUCCUCAGCAUCCAGCGAAUUCCAUGGGGUCGAAAUGAAGACUUUCGCAAUAACUCUUCCGCCAAGGUUCCCGUCUUUCUCGUGCACGGUCUCUUCGGCUCAUCGGCAGAUUUUGUUCUGAACUUCGAAAAACAGAGCCUAGCCUUCCUGCUUGCCGAUGCCGGGUUCGACGUGUGGCUGGGAAAUUACCGAGGCAACACCUACACAAACCAUGUGAGCCUGAGCCGUGACGAUAAACCUUUUUGGAGUUUCAGCGCGGACCAAAUCAUCUCCUAUGACAUCCCAGCAAUGAUAAACGCCGUAUUGAAAAUAUCAGGGCAGCAGAAGAUGCAGUACAUUGGCUGGUCUCAAGGAACACAAGUUUUGUUUGGCCUGCUUUCUGAAAAACCGGAAUACAACGAUAAGCCGAUGCUAAAGUUCAUUGGACACGGAGCACUUCUUCCUAGCAGCUCCGUGACAAAAGAACUGGCGAAGCUCCUCUGCAGCAACAUUUUAACCGGACUGGUUUGCGAAACAGGCGUGUUCCUCAUCGCCGACGUGGAUUCUAAAGAAUUGAACAAGAGUCGACUGCCAGUGUAUCUGAGUCACACACCUUCUGGAACUUCGGUGAACAACCUGUACGGGCUGGCGCAGAAUGCAAAAUGUGGAUGCUUUCAGAAGUUUGAUUACGGGAAAUCCCUGAACAUGCAAGUAUAUGGACAGGUAACCCCUCCGCGGUAUGAUCUAUCAAAGGUAACGAUUCCUGUGGCACUUUAUUGGAGCAAGGGUGAUUGGUGGGCGGAUGAAAAGGACGUUGAGCGUCUUCGAUGGAACCUAAAACAUGUGGUUGCCUUCAACCGAGUGUCCGACGAAGACUUCACUCACCUGGACUUUGCCUGGGGUAUUAGGGCUACUUCGGCACUCUACAGGGAGAUGAUGCGACUAAUGCGUAGCUAUGUCACAGCGUAAACGUUUAAAGUAGAAAACGUGCCCCACAAGCUCUAUAUUAUAACUUCUUGAUUGACAAAAAAAAAAAAAAAAAUGAACGCUUGGAAAUGUGCAAAUAAAAAAAGAAUCUGUGAGAAA